CGUAUAUGUGUAUAAAUAUCCUUUUUUGAAUUUAUCAGUAUAUAAAUUAUAUGGCGAGUGUGUAAAAUUUUAGUCGUACAUUUUCUCUGAGAAAUACCGGAUAUUUUCUGAGUUUGUGACUAAAAACAAAAAUUAGUUUUUAUAUUGAAUGUACCAAAUAAUUAAAUCAAUAUAAUUUAAAUAGCUACAUAUGUACAUACAUAUGUAUAUGUUUUAUUAAAAAUUUUCUUUUUAUUGAUUUGAGAAUCUAAAAAGUGAAAUUUCAGCAAUAAAAUUAAAAUAAUUUUGUUUAAAUAAAACAUAAAAUUUUAGUGUCUCAAGAAUAAAGAAGAUUUUGUAUAAAACUUAAUCUAAUCAAUUUAAAUCUUCAUUUUGAAAAAAAAAGGCAGAAUUUUUUUUUGCUUGGGAAUAGCAAAAUUUAAGAAGAAAGAAAGUGAUCAGCUCGUGAAAAAGUAAAUAAUAAUAAAAAUAAAAAAAGUAAUAAUAAAAAAAAAAACACUCAAAAAAAAGCAAUUUUUUUUUUGCAAUAAGCAAGGAAAAGUAAUAAAUUUUCUAAUAUAUUCUACAGCUAAACUCUGUUUAAAGCUCAGUUGUGUAUCGCACUCCGAUUUGAUCGGGUCUUUUUAAAAUAAGCAAAAUUUGUAGCUUAUAAAUUGCUAUUAAACAAAAAGAAAAAAAAAAUUAAUUAAUAAAGAACACUUAACAAUUAUUGUGACUUGAAUUGUUUAGAGGAAAUUCUCGCAUACUUAAAUCAAAAAAAAAAAAUCAUUUAAAAGUAAUAAAUCUAUAAAAUUAAAUUUGUUUAAAGGAAAAAAUUUACUUUUAUUAAUAUUUUAAAUAAUAAAUUUAUAACAUCGGGGUGUGAAGUACGUCUAAUCUUUUUAAAAUAAUAAAUUUGUGAAUUAAAAUUAAUCAAUUAAUGGACACAUAAAUAAUUUGUUAAAAAUAUCAAACAUAUUAUUGAAUUUGAUUAAAAAAUCAAAAAUAGUAGACAAAUUACAAAAAAAAAAACAUAAAAAUUCCAGCUAUUAACAAAAAGAAUAAAUAUUGUGAAAGACAUCCUUUUAAAAAUAAAUUAAGAAAAAUACAAAAAUUAAAAUAUUAGUAGUAUACGGAUUUUAAUAAGUUGUUAAAUUAUUAAAGUAUAGUUUGAUUAAAAGAUUUGAUAAAACAGAGUCAAAGACUUUAAGUUCAAAAAGAAAGGAAAACUUUUAAAAUACUAAACACGAUACACUUAAACGGAAUCGAUAUUAAUCAACAAAACAUUUCAACUCCAACUCAGUCAUCAUCGAUAACAAAUUCUGGAGGAAAACGUUCAAACAAAAGGAAAAAACGUCGAAACAAAAUCAAACAACAGCAGCAAGAACAAUUGCAGCAAGAACAAUUAUCGGGAAUCAGCAAAAAUUCUCAAAUAACAGUCAAUAUGCCAGCCCGCUUUGCAGAAGAAGUAACAACUGACAGUAGAGUUAAUGUGUCCCCUUCCGCCAUGGACCUCGGAAGUGGACACUAUAACAAUAACAAUAUUGGAACGACGACAAAUGGAACACAUAAUUUUAGACGUUUUUCUCCAAUAACUGAUGAGGUUUGUAUUACAGGAGUAUCCGGACGUUUUCCAGAAAGUUCAAAUAUUGCAGAAUUUCGUAAAAAUUUAUUUGAUGGCGUUGAUAUGGUUAAUGAUGAACCUCGUCGUUGGGAUAAAGGCAUCUAUGAUCUGCCAGAACGGAUGGGUAAAAUAAAAGAUGAAGAUUUAGCUAAUUUUGAUGAACAAUUUUUUGGUGUACAUCAUAAACAAGCUGAUUAUAUGGAUCCGCAAGUACGAAUGUUGUUAGAAGUAUGUUAUGAAGCAAUUUUUGAUUCUGGUGUAAAUCCGCAAGAAUUACGAGGAACACGUACUGGUGUUUAUAUUGGAGCUAGUAAUUCCGAAACAGAACAAUAUUUUUGUGCUAAUCCUGAUCGUGUUAAUGGAUAUGGUUUAGUUGGUUGUUGUAGGGCUAUGUUUGGUAAUCGUGUAUCGUUUUGUUUUGAUUUAAAAGGGCCAAGUUUUGCAAUUGAUACUGCUUGUUCCAGUUCCAUUCUUGCAUUGGACCGUGCAUUUGCGGAUAUAAAAAGUGGUGUUACUGACGCUGCUCUUGUCGCUGGUUGUAAUGUAAACUUUAAACCCAUGAACUCCUUACAAUUCAAAAGGCUAAACAUGUUGAGCUCACAUGGAACUUGUAAAGCUUUUGAUGUUGACGGCAGCGGAUAUGUUCGUUCGGAAGCUGUUGGGGCAAUUUUCUUACAAAAAUCAAAAGAUGCUCGUCGAAUUUAUUCUACAAUACUAAACGUUCGAACAAAUACAGAUGGUUAUAAAGAAGAAGGUAUAACAUAUCCUGACGGAAAAAUGCAAAAUCAAUUAAUACGAGAAACUUGUGAGGAAAUCGGUUUGAACCCACAGGAUGUUUCAUAUAUUGAAGCCCACGGAACAGGAACAAAAGUUGGUGAUCCGCAAGAAGUAAACUCAAUUGCAGAUUUCUUUUGCAAGGAUCGUACAACUCCUUUAUUAAUUGGUUCAGUAAAAUCGAACAUGGGUCAUUCUGAGCCAGCUUCCGGUAUUUGUUCUAUUGCAAAAAUUUUAAUCGCCAUGGAAGCGGGUGUUAUUCCAGCAAAUUUGCAUUAUAAAACACCAAAUCCAAAUUUAUAUGGUAUAAUGGAGGGAAAGUUAAAAGUUGUGGACAAAAAUAUGCCAUGGAAUGGUGGAAUUGUUGCGAUGAACUCUUUCGGUUUUGGAGGAGCUAAUGGUCAUGUUAUUUUAAAAUCAAAUCCAAAACCAAAAAUGGUAUCUCCAAAAGAAGGACCAGCAAAACUAGUCAUUUGUUCUGGUAGAACCUCUGAUGCUGUUCAGAAACUUCUUGACGAAGCUAAUGAAAAUAAAUACGAUGAAGAAUAUAUUGGCAUGCUUAAUGAAAUUCAUAAAAUAAACAUUCCACAACAUAAAGUUCGUGGUUAUGCUGUUUUAAAUGACAAAGGAACAGGUAUGCGUGAAGUUUUGGAUGGAGUUUCUGACAAACGCCCAGUUUGGUUUGUUUAUACUGGAAUGGGUAGUCAAUGGGCACACAUGGCUAAUGAUUUAAUGAAAUUUGAUGUUUUUCGUGAAAGUAUAUAUCGUUUAGCGGAAGUUUUGCGUCCAAUGAACGUUGAAUUAAUUGAUAUUUUAACUAAGCACGAUGAUAAAGCGUUCGAUAUUGUUUUAAAUUCAUUUGUUUCAAUCGCUGCUAUGCAGAUUGCUUUAACUGAUUUGUUAACGAGUCUUAAUAUUUGUCCAGAUGGUAUUAUUGGGCAUUCAGUUGGUGAAUUAGGUUGUGCUUAUGCUGACGGUUGUUUUACACCUGAGCAAACAAUUUUGGCGGCUUAUUGGAGAGGAAAAAGUAUUGAAGAUACAAAACUAAUCAAAGGGGGAAUGGCAGCUGUAGGUAUGACUUGGGAAGAUUUAAAGAAAACUUUACCUCCAAGUGUCAUACCAGUUUGCCACAAUAGCGUAGAUAGUGUAACAAUCUCUGGUCCAGAAGAAGACACUUUAAAGGUUGUUGAAAAAUUGAAUGCUGAUGGGAUUUUUGCAAAAUCAGUCAAGUCAUCAGGCUACGCUUUCCAUAGUCAAUAUAUUGCCGACGCUGGACCAAAAUUACGCAAAAGUUUAGAUAAGAUUAUUCCAACUCCUAAAAAUAGAUCAUCCAGAUGGAUAAGUACAAGUAUACCUGAAAGUGCAUGGAAUACCCCUAUUGCUAAGCAAAGUUCAGCUGCGUAUCAUGUAAACAAUUUAUUAUCUCCUGUUUUGUUCUAUGAAGGUCUUCAACACAUUCCAGAAAAUGCAAUAUGCAUUGAAAUCGCCCCACACGGCCUGUUGCAAGCCAUUCUUAAGCGUGCUCUAGGACCAAAUGUUUCAAAUAUAAGUUUAGUAAAACGUGGACACGAAAAUAAUCACGAGUUUUUAUUAAGCAGUAUUGGCAAGUUUUAUGCCGUCGGUGGACAACCACAAGUGACGAAACUUUUCCGUGCUGUGAAUUUUCCUGUUGGCAGAGGUACGCCCAUGUUGAAUUCGGCAGUUGUUUGGGAUCAUAGUCAAAAAUGGUUUGUCGCCAGUUUUAGAAGUGAAAAAAGUGGUGGGGAAACGGCUGUUGAAAUUAAUUUGGAAAAUGAAGACUAUUCGUUCAUUUCCGGACAUACAAUUGACGGCCGGAUUUUAUUUCCUGCAACUGGUUAUAUGACUUUAGCUUGGAACACAUAUUCUAAAUUAAGAGGAAGUGAAUUAGUUCGUACCCCCGUAGUAUUUGAGAAUUUGGUUUUCCAUCGAGCAACAAUCAUUAACAAAAGUCAACCAAUCAAAUUUGGAAUUAACUUCUUGGAUGGUACUGGAAAUUUUGAAAUUUGCGAAAGUGGUAGUUUAACAGUUUCAGGAAAAAUAACAGUACCGGAAAAUAUUGAGGUAGAAGAACUUCCUUUGGCUCCAUUAGAGGCUGAUAAAUCAUUUAUGUCCCUUUCAACUAAUGAUGUCUAUAAAGAACUUAGACUACGAGGUUAUGACUAUGGCGGACUAUUUCAAGGAGUUGCAAAGUCAGAUUUAAAUGCAAGAGUUGGUGAAUUGAAGUGGGAUCAUAAUUGGAUAAGUUUUAUGGAUACGAUGCUUCAAUUUGCUAUAAUUGGUAAAGAUUUAAGAGAACUCUAUUUACCAACACGUAUAGAAAAAGCUGUUCUUAAUCCAAUGAAACAUUUAAAAGUGAUCGAAGAAUCACUUUCUGAAAAUAAAACUUUACCAGUGUAUAUGUAUAAAGAUAUCAAUGUAAUUAAGAGUGGAGGCAUAGAAAUGCGGGGCUUAAAAGCCACAAUGGCUCCCCGACGUUCAGGUACACAAAAUGCACCAACUUUGGAAAAAUACAUUUUUGUACCACAACAGAAUGUAGCUGAACUAAAUGAAAAUUCUGAAAAAGCACGUCAUCUAGCAGUUAGCACUGCCGUCAGAAUGGUAAUGGAAAAUUCAGAGAAUGCUCUCAAAAUUAAGGUCGUUGAAUUAGAACAUGGCCGUGUAGUUGAAAAUCUUUUAUCACAAACAGUUCUUGCAACCAUUGAGGGGGAACCAUUACUGGCAGCUGAUGUCGCUGUUGCUACAAUUAAUCAAGUUGAACAAUACACAAACAUGCUAGGUGAUAGUGGAAUACGAGUUAUCAACAAAAAUAUUGCUGAAUCUCCAGUUGAACAAAAUUGUCAUUUGAUUUUAGGAGCUGAUAUUCUUUCGAGAGCAGAUAAUAAAGUUGUUAUUGAAAACAUGAUUGCAAGUGUUAAAAUUAAUGGGUUCUUAUUAUUUGAAGAAAAUUCUGCAACAUAUCAGAAGGUCGGAAAAGAAUUUUUGGGAAAAUUCCGUUUAACAGUUAUACAAGAGCAAAAAUGUGGACAAAAAAUAUUUAUACUAACACGACCAAUUUGCGAUAUUGAAAGUCGCAAAAAAUCUGUAAUCUAUUUAACUGAAAAUAAUUUUAAAUGGUUAGAUAACUUGAAAACUGCUCUAGCAUCUGCUGAAGCCGAAAGCAAAUAUUUAUACUUAGUAAGUCAAGGAGAAGAAUUAUUUGGAGCCCAAGGUCUAAUGAAUUGUAUUAAAAAUGAAGCUGGUGGCAAAUACGCUAGAUUGUAUUUCAUCCAAGACAACAAAGUGGAAAACUUUAGCUUUGAUUCUGUUUUUUAUCGAAAUCAACUCGAAAAAGAUUUAGUUUCCAAUGUUUUCAAAAAUGGAGCUUGGGGAACAUUUAAACAUAUUAAAAUUGAGUCUCAGUCUGAACUUCCAACAUUACAAGUUGAGCACGCUUAUGUUAAUGCCCUAGUUAAAGGUGAUUUAUCAAGUUUAAAGUGGAUUGAAGGUCCGUUAGCGCGUCAACAAACAAACUCGAAAUCAAGUAACGAUUUGGAAAUGUGUACUGUUUAUUAUGCACCAAUUAAUUUUCGUGAUGUCAUGUUAAGUUCUGGUAAAUUAUCUGCGGAUGCUUUACCUGGUGAUUUGGCACAACAGGAUUGUGUUUUGGGAUUGGAAUUUGCAGGGCGUGACAAAUCUGGAAACCGAAUCAUGGCCAUGGUACCGGCCAAAUCUCUUGCCACAACUUGUUUGGCAAGCAAGCGUAUGAUGUGGAAAGUUCCCGAAAACUGGAGUAUGGAAGAAGCAUCUACCGUCCCUUGUGUAUAUUCUACUGUCUAUUAUGCCUUAGUUGUCAGAGGUCAAAUGAAACGCGGUGAAAAAAUUCUUAUUCAUGCAGGCUCUGGCGGUGUGGGUCAAGCUGCGAUUUCUGUUGCUUUACAUCACGGACUAAGUGUGUUUACAACUGUUGGUAGCAAAGAAAAGCGUGACUUUUUGUUAAAACGCUUUCCAAAACUAAAUGAAAGGUAUAUUGGCAAUUCACGUGAUUCAUCCUUUGAACAAAUGGUAAUGCGAGAAACGCAAGGUCGAGGAGUUGAUUUAGUGCUGAAUUCAUUGUCAGAAGAAAAGUUACAAGCAUCUGUUAGAUGUUUAGGUUUGAAUGGCAGAUUUUUAGAAAUAGGGAAAUUUGACUUGAGCAAUAAUAAUCCUUUGGGUAUGUCAGUAUUCCUUAAAAAUACAUCAUUUCAUGGUAUUUUACUGGACUCUGUUAUGGAAGGAGAAGAGGAAAUGCAAAAUCAAGUUGUUAAUUUAGUUGCAGAUGGCAUUAAAAAUGGUGCUGUCCAACCACUACCAACUUCAGUAUUUAACGAACAUCAAAUAGAACAAGCAUUUAGAUAUAUGGCUUCGGGAAAACAUAUUGGAAAAGUUGUUAUAAAAGUGAGAGAUGAUGAGCAAGAAAAAGUUAUAAAACCAGCUUUAAAAUUAGUAAAUGCUCUUCCAAGAACUUAUAUGCAUCCAGAAAAAAGUUAUAUUGUUGUUGGUGGUCUUGGUGGUUUUGGCUUGGAAUUAACUAACUGGUUAAUUGCUCGAGGAGCUAGAAAUGUGGUAUUAACAAGUAGAAGUGGCGUGAAAACUGGAUAUCAAACAUUAAUGAUUCAACGUUGGCGUGGAAAAGGAGUUAAAGUUUUAAUUGACACAAAUGAUGCCACGACGAAAGAUGGAUGUCAGAAGCUAUUAGAAAAUUCCAAUCGUUUGGGACUGAUUGGCGGAAUUUUCAAUUUGGCUGCAGUGCUUCGAGAUGAUAUUAUUGAAAAUUUGACGGAAAAAGAUUUUGCUGCUGUUUGUAUGCCAAAAGUCAAUGGAACGAAAUACUUAGAUAUUUUAUCAAGAACGAUGUGCCCAGAAUUAGAUUAUUUCAUAUGUUUUUCAAGUGUUUCAUGUGGUCGUGGAAAUAUUGGUCAAACAAAUUAUGGUCUGGCUAAUUCCGCUAUGGAGAGAAUUUGUGAAAAUCGUCAAGCAUCUGGUUUUCCUGGUAUGGCAAUUCAAUGGGGAGCCAUUGGAGAUACUGGUUUGGUUAUUGAAAAUCUUGGUGAUAAUGAAACAGUAAUCGGUGGAACACUACCACAACGUAUGAGUUCCUGUCUUCAAACAAUGGAUAUAUUUUUGCAACAACCGCAUGCUGUAUUAGCAUCAAUGGUCGUAGCUGAAAAAAGAAAAUCCGAUUCAUCCAGUGGUGUGAGCUUAUUUGCAUGUGUAGCAAAUAUAUUAGGAUUGCGGGAUGUAAAAAAUCUUCAAGACACAGUAACAUUAAGUGAUUUGGGAAUGGAUUCUUUAAUGGGAGCUGAAAUCAAACAAACAUUGGAAAGAAAUUUUGACAUUAUAAUGUCGCCACAAGAAAUCCGUUCUUUGACAGUCGCACAACUUAAGACAUUAGAUGCUGGAGGAGCACAAGAAUCAGUUCCAGAUACAGUUUCAAAUAAAACUACAACGACAUCUGCAAAUACACUAACUUUUGACAAAAAUCAAGUAGUAUUUUGCGCUGAUUUGAUACCAAAAGAACCAAUAGUCUGCUUAAAUGACUCAACCAAAUCAAAUAAAAAUCCAAUAUUUAUGAUACAUGCUAUAGAAGGAUUUGCUGAUCCAUUUAAAAAAUUGGCAAAACGUUUAAAUGUGAAGGUUUAUGGUUUACAAUGCACUGAAGAUGCACCAUUAACUUCCAUUGUUGACUUAGCUAAAUAUCACUUGAAACAAAUUAAAAAAGUGCAACCGAAAGGACCAUAUUCAAUUGUUGGCUAUUCUUAUGGUGCUUUAUUAUCCUCUGAAAUAGUUAGUCAGUUAGAAAAUGAAGGAGAAACAGUUAAGUUAGUUUUAUUAGAUGGAUCUCCAAAAUAUGUAACUAUUUUCACAAGAACGCAAUUAAGCGUAAAAGCAGGACAAGAAGAUCCUUCUCCAGAUAUGAAACAUUCUUUAGGGUUAGCAUACUUUGGUUUUGUUUUGGGAAAUCUUGAUUAUGGUGAAGUUAUUAAAGUUCUCCUAAAAGAACCAACUUGGGACCAUAAAAUAAAAAAAGUUGUUGACUUGAUAUCAGCAAAUAUUGAUAAAUCACCUGAAUUAAUUACAAAAACUGCAAUUUCUUUUUACAAAAAACUUGAAAUAGCUGUAGCAUAUUCCUCAGAUAUUCAUCUCAAAUGUAAUGUAACCUUAAUCAAACCAACAGAUAUUUCUGUCAAUUUAGGCGAAGACUACGACUUAUCAGAGAUUUGUUCUGGUUCUGUCAAAGUUGUUCAAGUUGAAGGCAACCACCGAACAUUCUUAGAAAUCGAAGAAUCAGUUAAAUCUAUUCAAUCAUUGAUUGAGGAAAAUUUAGUUUAAUUUGAACACAAUGCUUGUAUUUUUAUAUCUAUACAUUGUUGUAAAUCAACUCUACUUAUUAAAAUAUUAAUAACAUAGUUAUUUUUUUAAAUAUUUGUAUGUAAUAAAAUAUCAUCCGAUUUUUGAACAUA